GAUAUCAAAGGGUGCCAAGAACAGUCAAAUGGACUGCAAAUAAUCUUUCUUAUCCCGUAUCUCACCCGCAAGCAGCAAGCUGUGUCUUGUAAUCUUCCCCCUAGAUCUCCUAUCUGUAGUCUAACAUGUCCAUCAACAACAGUGACCAGCCCCGGAUUCUGCGCUUUCCGAGAUCCGACGAACCUACAGCGUGCGUACUGCUGCACGUUACCCGUCGUGGUCCUUCCGCACUAGACUUGGAUCUUGUUGGGACAGAAGGAGAGUGCCCGUUUACUGGGGCAGUACGGCAGUCUCACCUCAACUCGUAUCGCUCAAAGAAUUAUCAAGGUACUGAGGAUGACUGGACUCAGAUCAUUCUCCAUGUGCUUGGGCAAGCAGAACAAUGUGAGAAGGAACAGGAUUUAUUUGCAGGGCUAGAAGCGUUAGCCAUCAUCAGUGGCCUCGAAACCCAGGACAAAGAGAUAAAACUCGUGAUACGGAAGAAAGUACAAACAAUAACUCAAAAACUCGGGACUCUAGUAUUGAAGCAAAACGACGAACAGGCCAUCCACCUCUAUGACUGGACGUCUACUUCGGUAGAGAGGGCUGAUUCCUUCGAAAGACGUUGUGCAAUCCUCCUGGGUCGCUACCGCGCUGCUGAACAGAGAAUUAAGGAUCUCGAUGCCCAGCUUGACGAGCUCUUAAGCGCCAAGACUCGGCACGACGAACAGCUAAUGAAAAACUUGAUGCAGCUUCUCAAUGAGAAAAAGUUGAAAAUCCGCAACCAACAGCGCGUAGUAGCCCCCACAGAGGCUGCUGUAGAGGAAGAUUUCAAAACUCACAAACCACGACCGGGCGGAUCCAGGCAAACCACUGCUGUCAAGAGGCGAGCGAAUGGUUCAGCUUCGACACCGUCUUAUGAGGUGUUCGGUAGCGGUAGCGGUAGCGGCUUCGAAGAUUCGGACGAUGACCGGGAUAAGCGCCAUGAAAGCUCUAAAGCGGUGUCAGGCACAGAAUCAGGCACAGACAAUGAGCUACCACUGGGGCAGCGGCCCUCAGGGGAAGAUGAGUCUACUGACGAAGACAUACCACGCCUGCCAAGUCAUGGUUCUCGGAUAAGCAACUCUAGCCCACAACAAACUCAUUCGCAGUUCUUAAGCAAGAAACAAUUGACUCCACAGCGACGAGAGAUUCCCUUUCCGAGGAUGAGGGGAAAUGCGACAGCUACUAUACGAACAGAUCGACAUAAAAAUAAAGAAGCCAGGGACAGCAUGGGGGAAACAGAUGAUGAUGAGUUAUAAUAUUAAUAUAGUAGCCAAAGUUCCAGACCAUUUUAGGCAAUACAAA